AUGGUAAACAAUUUGGAUGCGGAGCUGGAGAAGCAUGCUAGGGAGCGGUAUGAUGCGAUCCAGCGGGCGCACGACGACGCGCUCGUGGAAUGGACUGUGGGGAAGAAAGCUGCCAUGGACGCGAUCUCAAAGAUAGAGAGUGGUCUGAAGGAGCUUUUCGCGGAUGGGGAGCAGAGGGUGAUGAAAAUUAGCAAGGAGGCGGCGGAAGAGUUGUCUAAGGAGAGGAAAGAGUUAGAGAGAAAAAUGUCUGAAAAGAGGAAGGAGUAUGACGACAUGUUGAAGAAGUGCCAAAAGCAGCUGGAAGAUGAACUGGAGCUGAAGCAGAGCACAAGGUUGAACGAUGUCAUGGAAAAGCAGAGAGCGGUAGAAGACGAGAGGAGGGCUGCGAAGGAGAAAGGAGAGAAUGAGAGGAAGCACAUUGCCGAUAGUUUGAAGGCAAAGCGUCGCGAGCUUCACGCGCGAAUUCAAUCGGCGGAGAGUACGGCCAGGAUCAAAUGGGAGGGGCAGGUGGAAGCUACGGUGAAAGCAGCGGCGGAAGAGAAGAUGAAACAAGAGCAACGGAUGCUAGCGCAGCAGAGAGAUGCAGAUGGCAACAUGAGACUGAGGGAGCGGGAGUGCCGUGGAAGAAGUAAGAGAGAAGAGGACCGUCAUCAGGCUGCAGAGCACAAGAGGCAAAGGGAGUCGGCUCAGGAGAAGGCGCGCGCGCAUAUCAUCGAGGCUUGGACGACCUACAAGGCUCGUUGGAAGAAGAUAGAGUCGGAGCCUCAAGGAAAACCACUGCCUUCCAGCGAUAUACCCUGGCCGACGCUCAAAAAGCCAAUGCAUUCGCUGGACAUUACGAUCGGCAGUAUGCGGGAGCUCAUCAUGUCUCCAUAUCACUCCACGGGUGAGACUAUAGAGGCAAGGCUCUAUUCGGAGCGCAGCCGGUGGAACGAGGAUUCAUUUGCUAGUAUACUGUCCAAGGUGGAUGAAGCGGACAGGCAGUCAGUCAAGCUUGGGGCCAAUCUGGUAAGGAAGCUUUUGAAGGAGCUGUCGAAAGAGAGCGAGGGGUCACCUAGCGUCGGUGCGAAUACGACAGAUUCGCUCGGUUCACUAGGUCUUGAUUCAUACUGA